AUGGCCUACCAAGUCUGCUAUCAAAAGUUAAGUGAGCUAUCAGCUCUUGUUCAGUCACACGGAACCUUUGUGCUAGUGUUUUGUAUUUUAAACAUGGUGUUUUCUCUUGUGGCAAUUGCUGCCAAUUUGUUGGUAAUUCGCGCUCUUUGGAAAACUUCAUCGAUACCAGCCACUAUAAAAAAGUUGUUCCUGAGUCUCGCUUUCUCGGAUCUUGCUGUAGGAAUGGUGGUGCAACUAAUGUUUGUCGUUAUCAUAGCAGUGAUGUUAAGAAUGGCGUCGACUGGAAACAAAAACUUUGCCUCAUUUUGUCCAAAAAUUCUGGGUGUAUUUUAUUUCUUAUUUUCUCUCCUCUGCUGCGCCUCGCUUCUAAACAUAACAGUCAUUGCAGUCGAUAGACUUCUCGCUAUUUCAUUGCAUUUGCGAUACCACGAACUUGUUACUGCGAAACGUAUCAAUCUUACGUUGGCAUCGCUA